CUCCGUUGUCUUUCAUUGACAAUCCAUCUUUCUCUUUCCCCCACGCCCCUUCAUGGCCUAGUCGGCUUCUUGGAGUCUGUGCGCUCACACUAAGGGGAAUUCCAUUUCAGCGCGCCGCAGACUUAUCUCAACCACCUAUCCUAUCAUCAUCCCCUCAGUUGCGUCUCGACAUAGCUCGGCAAUAGCAUUACUUUCCAUCAUCUAGCAGCUAUUGCUGCCGGCAGCACAUGGUAAUCAUGGCUGCUGUUACAAUUGAGCUACCCUUUCUUUCUUCUCACUACGCCGUUGCCGAAUCGACGCUGAGCACCCUCACCCAAGCUCCCACGGUCGAGCUAGUCAAUCAACUCUUCGAAGCCAUCACGAAAAAGGCACGCGAGCACGAUGAGCUCAAAUCCGAUAAGAUACGCCUGGAAGUGGAGUUGGACAAUGCUGUUCGCUCCAGCGACAACAAAAUCAAGGUCCUGAAGAGCUCGGUCGAGAAGGGUCAUGCCGAAGUCGAAGAGACGAGGAAGAAACUCCACGAAAAAUGCUCGAUCGUCCUUGGAAUCUGAAAUCUCUUCACUCAAGUCGUCCUCUACGUCCAACGAGUCCGAAGUGAGC